AUGGCAGAAAGAAAAUGGGAGGAAAUGGACGCGGAUUGUUUGGUAAACAUCCUGGGGAGGGUGGAACUACAAACAAGGGUUCAAGCUGUUCCACUUGUAUGCAAAUCAUGGUACCGGGCAGUUCGCAAUCCUUUAUGUUGGGAAAAGAUAUUUUUUCCUCCGAUGCUUAGGACUCCGAGUUCGCAGACUGAACUGAUCAAAUUUGUUGUGAAUCGGAGCCAACGACGUGCCACAGUUCUUGCACUACCAUACUCUUGUGAUAGAGAAGCGCUCCUAUAUGUUUCUGAGGAAUUGCCUAAUUUGAAGAUGUUGGUGCUGUCAUCACGUGUAAGCGUGGAGCACCGAGACAUUAUUCCAAGCCUAAUUAUGAAAUUUAAGAACUUGGAAGGCUUAAUGCUGGGAAAUGCAUAUUUUGUUAAAGAUAUUCUCGAGCUUAUUCCCAUUCAUUUGCCUAAAUUUGCUUUGCUGGAUUUGAGAAACUGCUUCGUAGGAGGCGAAGCAGCCGCAGCCAUUGUGUCCCAUGUUCCGAAACUCAAGGUUUUGAUCAUGGACCAGGCCACACUUGACAGGGAAGAUCUUUUACUAAUCAUGCAGAGCUGCAAACAACUUGAGCGUCUCCAUGUCCGAAACUGCAUGGGGUUUGCCGAGGAUGAUGAACAGAUCCUGAGGCUUUCUUCUGGUAUUAAAGAUUUCCAGUGUUCUGGUUCCAAAGGAAUGGAUGAGCAUUUUCAACUGGUGAAAGAUGUUAAUAAUGCAUGUCUAGAAUUUACUAAAAAAGAUGUUUAUCGUAGUAUUUUUAAAGCAGCCGACGGUGUUGACGGGUACGAGUGGGAUAUGGACGAGGAUUGGGCCUGA